AUGUUCCGUUGGCUUAACCAAACACAUGCAAGAGCCGCAAAUACCCUCAAGAACAAGGUUUUGGUAUGGAAAUUAAAGAAUCCAUGCACUGGUUACUUUGGUGCACUGGCUUUCUGCCAAGGCCGUACUGUGUCACUCUGCGGCGACCAAACCUGCAACUUCAUUUGCUAUCCGAUCAGUGAGAAGCUGAGGGCGCAAGGGCGCUUUCACUGCAAUUGGGGCUUUUGCACCUUGAGGCCGCAUCCUGGCGGCAUGGAGAGUUGGACGUCCAUGGCCAAGCUCGAGGAGCUUGAGCGAAUGGGUGCCAACAGCUUCGCUGGACUUUCACCCUUGCAGAUGGCGGAGAGAAGCGACAGUAUCAUCGGCUGGGCGCUUUUCGAUCGAGAUCCCUUGGAGACCUUCGACUUCGGAAACGUAACUUUGCUUGGUGACGCCGCCCAUCCACUGUUGCCAUAUGGUAGCCAAGGCGCCACUCAGGCCAUCAUGGAUGCCGAAGCUCUGGGAGUUUGCUACCAGAACGCCAUGCAGAGCGGAACAGGAGCUGCUUUGCUUGGCCGCGUCCGGCGAAUGACUGAGACGCCCGCGACCGUGUCGAUCUUCAGCGGGUCCGCAGCCAGGGUCGAAAGCCACAAAGUCGAGGACCCCAGUGGCCGCGUGUUGAUCACGCAGCGCGCCGCACACAUGCGAACGUUUCCACGAUGCUGGGUCUUUCCGGGCGGAGGCGUUGAUGAGGGCGAGCUGCUGUUCGCUGCUGGGAGGCGAGAGCUCCAUGAGGAAACAGGGCUCACUGUCGACCAUGAAUCGAUGCAGCUGCUUUGUUUCUGGGAGAGCGUCUUUCCCACCUCUGCCGACGGUUGCGUGGACGCGGGACAAGUCAAGGGUCACUCUGUGACGGCCUUCGUCAAGGCCUUGGUGGAGCCGGCGGCGGCUGACACCUUGGCGUUGCAAAGCUCUGAGUGUGAGCGCUGCGCCUGGGUUCCUUUGUCAUGGCUAAUGGAGCUGCACGGCCCCAGUGCUUUCGAGUCGCGGCACAGCGACCUCGCCUCAGACGUGCCAGUGCUGCCAGGGUGGCAAGUGGUGAGGAAGGCAGACGGGGAAACAGAAGAGCUCGACCUGGCAAGGUGCCGAAUCGAAGCUUCUCAGCUGCAGGGCAUCUACCCCAAUGCCAUCGGAGAAGGCGUCCAUGGUUGCAUCAAGGCUUAUUCGGACCUGCGGUGUGAAGUCACGGGCAAGGUCGUCAUCGCAAAUCGUGAGAUGGGAUCAACGGCAGUGCUCAAAGUCGUCGACGAGCAAACUCAGGGCAUGGACUUGGGGGCCAAGCGCCGGUGGUGCGCUGAGCACGGCCCACGGCUUCACGACGAGGUGAUCCAGAAGUACCGAGCCUCCAUGCCAAAGAGCGUUCGAGCAACGAAGCUGGCGUCAGCAGCAUCUGCCUAG